AAUAAGAAGCCAACUCAACAAGACUGGCACAAUAUCAUUCUUCUCGUUUUUACUCGCCCACUCUCCAUUUUAAUAUUGUGUGAUUCUGCCUCACCAGUUAAGCAUCAUUGCGUUAAAGGUUCCUUUAAACUUGUUUUCUCAAAGUGCUGGAUAUGUCGCUCUUUUAAUACGGAUAGAUAUUCAGCCAGUAUCAACAUUUUUUGCUGGCCGUGAGUAAAAGUUGGUUGACAACUGAGUGAGACACACUCAUCGGCACAUUGACAUUUCUCAGCCUAAAAACUCUUCUCAUUCUUUAGUAAAUUCACGUGCUUCCAAUUUUGUGAUUGACUUAUUAGAUCUGAUUUGAUUAAACCGUGAAUGCUUCGACUUUUUACUCGUGCGAUGCAAGCGGAGAAAGGUGGCGUCGAUGAAGGGCUGUUGUCCACAAGUGUUAAAAAUGGGGACACAAAUGGACAUCAUGUGGUCCAGAGUCAGAAAAGAAAAGUGUUUCUUUCCCCGAUGGAAAAGGGGACAUUGGCCACGCUCUGUUUCAUCAACUUGCUCAACUAUAUGGACAGAUUUACCUUGUCAGGAGUUCUUGACCAAUUGCAAAACUACUUUGACUUGAACAACGAAGCUGCCGGCCUUGUGCAGACGGUUUACACGUUGGCGUAUAUGGCCGCCGCGGUCCCCUUUGGCUACUGGGGGGAUCGGCACUCUCGUCGAUGGGGGAUGGGUGUGGGUGUGGGCGUUUGGGCGGCGGCAACUCUGCUCGGAUCCGUGGUUGGAAAUUCCUUCCCUGCAUUUCUAGUUACGAGGGGGUUGGUUGGGGUUGGGCAGGCGGCUUUUUCCACCAUUGCGCCAACCGUGAUUAGUGAUAUGGUCGCGGAGAAGCAGAGGUCGAGGAUGCUGGCCGUGUUUUACUUUCUCCUCCCGAUAGGAAGUGGUCUCGGCUACAUUGUGGGGGCAGGGGCAGCUACUGUUGGCAACGAUUGGAGCUGGAGUCUCCGCGUGACCCCAAUUUUGGGUGGGAUUGCCCUUCUACUCAUCAUAUUUGUGGUGAUUGAUCCGCCCAGAGGUGCUUGCGAGGGGGGUGGUUCCGACGCGGGUGUGGUCUUGGUCAGCUCAUCAUCGUACGCGUCAGAUAUUUGGUAUCUGCUAAGAAACCGAAGCUUCAUGCUGUCAACCAUGGGCUACACGAGUGUGGCUUUCGUCUCUGGAGCUCUGGCGUGGUGGGGUCCAAUCUUUCUAGCGUCCGGGUUUGCACUUCAGGAGGGAAGCGAUGGUCUCAUUCAUAUGGCACAAGUUUCUUUCCAAUUCGGAAUCGCCAUGAUGCUCUCGGGAAUUAUUGGCGUUCCCGUCGGCAGUCUCUCAUCACAAUGGUUGAGGCGAAUCUCUCUCCGCACGGAUCCGCUAAUCUGUGCAGUUGGUCUAUUCAUAUCCGCUCCAACGUUGUGGGGGGCAGCUACGCUUGCCACGAGUCAUACAUGGGUCACCCUAAUUUUCAUCUUUAUUGGCAUGAUGACGCUCAACCUUAGCUGGUGCAUUGUUGCGGACAUUUUAUUGUAUACCGUCAUCCCGACAAGACGCGCGGCGGCGCAAGGCCUCCAAAUUUUGAUCUCAUUCGCACUUGGAGCAGCCAUCUCGCCCUAUUUGGUGGGCCUCCUAUCCGACAUCUUUACCACGGGGGAGGGAGCCGCUGGGGAGUACGAGGGACUGAGUCGAGCCCUGUAUUUCGUCUACGGGGUGGAGCUGCUGGGUGGCGUGUUUUUCCUCCUGACGGCAAUCUUUGUCGUCCGGGACAAGACGGCAUGCGACUGUGCCAUGACACAGGGAAAGGGGACGACAGUCACGGGGAAAAAGGGAGGCAAUGAAAUUACCAAGUCGUGACGAGACAAUCUACUUAUUUAUUUAUUACGCUCAUUUAGAGAUAUGCCACAUAUGCUAUUUUGGACUUUUUUAAACAAAAAAUUUACAAUGAAAUAGAGACUGAACAAUUUUGUCACUAAAUGCAAAGCAGGUGUGCCCAAUAA